AUGCCUCCCAAGCAGGAUCUUAACCGCUCAGGAUGGGAGUCGACCGACAUGCCCUCGGCCUGUGAAAAGUGCCUUGGGGACAACCCUUACGUCCAAGUUUUGAAAGAAGACUACGGCGCUGAAUGCAAAAUCUGCACCCGACCAUUCACAGUGUUCCGCUGGAAGACGGACCGCACAGCCCGUCAAAAGCGCACAAACCUCUGCCUGACGUGCGCUCGACUGAAGAACUGCUGUCAAUGCUGCAUGCUUGAUUUGAGUUUUGGACUUCCCAUCGUUGUACGCGACGCCGCCCUGAAGAUGAUCACACCCGGACCCAACAGCGAAAUCAACAGAGAGUACUACGCACAAAACCACGAGAAAGAGAUCGAAGAAGGCAGAGGAGCUGUAGAGGCCUACGAGCAGACGGAUGAAAAAGCAAGGGAUUUGCUGCGCAGGCUUGCGCAGAGUGAGCCUCAUUACAAAAAACAGAGAAGACUGGAAGAGGAGGGUGCCGCAUCAGGACAAAAAAUGCUCGAGGGUCCUUCUUCAGGAAGUGCUGGACCUGGGCCUAUUCGCACAAAGGACUCGAGACCAGCAGGAUAUGGACCUCCCUCACGACCUGUCAAGGGUGCCUCGAGAGCACGUCCUUUCCCCAACACGGCAACUCUGCCACCACAACCGCAAGAUAUCCUUCCUCCAGCCGACAAGAAUGUCAUGUCACUUUUCGUCACUGGUGUUGAGGAUGACCUUCCCGAGCACGAAAUCCGCGUCUUCUUCUCCCAAUUCGGAAGCCUCCGUUCUCUGGUCUGUUCGCAUCGAUCACACUGCGCAUUCGUCAACUACAUGACAAGAGACACGGCUGAGGCAGCGGCUGCUGCAUGUAAAGGAAGAGCUGUGGUCAAAGGUGUGCCACUCAGGGUGCAAUGGGGCAAGCCAAAGACGUUGGACAACAUGGACAGAGAGGCUCGUAUGGCGAAUGCAAGAGCUGGACGCGAGACCAAUGCGGCGGUUAAAGCGGCUUCAGCUACGAGACCCGCAAUCGCUGCCGGUCCUUCGUCAUCGGCAGCUGGACCAUCUGACAAUACAGACAACUUCGAUCUGGUAGCUCCUCCACCUGGAUCCGAGGACGUUCAAUACGCGAGUUUGGCUGGCGAGUAG